AUGGGUGCCUACAAGUACCUUGCCGAGCUCUACACCAAGAAGCAAUCCGACGUCUUACAAUUCGUCUCUCGAGUUAGAUGUUGGGAAUACAGACAGCUCGCCGUCAUCCACAGAGCCUCUAGACCUUCUAGACCUGACAAGGCCAGAAGAUUGGGAUACAAGGCCAAGCAAGGUUACUUGAUCUACCGAGUCAGAGUUAGAAAGGGUAACAGGAAGAAGCCCGUGCCCAAAGGUGCUACUUACGGUAAACCCGUCAGACAAGGUGUCAACCACUUGAAGUACCAAAGGGGUCUUAGAUCAACUGCUGAGGAGAGAGUUGGACGAAGAUGUGGUAACUUGAGAGUUCUCAACUCUUACUGGGUUAACCAAGAUGGUGUUUACAAAUACUACGAAGUUAUCCUUGUUGACCCCUCCCACAAAGCCAUCCGACGAGACGCCCGAAUCAACUGGAUCGUCAACCCCGUCCACAAACACCGAGAAUCCAGAGGUCUCACCGCCGAAGGAAAGAAGAACAGAGGUUUGGGCAAGGGAUCAAAACACAAUCACCAACCUGGACGAUCCACCUGGAAGAAACACAACACCCUCUCUCUCCGACGAUACCGAUAA